UGCAUUCCUGGCAGACUUUUCGGUUUUAUUUAUACAGGUGUAGAGAAAGUGGGGAACCGUUUUGGAGCCGGUCCAAAGUACGAAGGUAGAAAAUGCAGCAACCUAAUCCGAAUUGUUUCAGUGCUUUCGACGGUGUUUGUUUACAAAGAUCGGCUAAAUUUAAAAAGAGAAUGAUCUACUUGAGGAAUCCCAUUUCCGGAAGCGAAUGGUCCUUCUGGCCGGACGCGCGCUUCUACUACCACUACAAGAUCUACAGACCGUUGCCCUUCUACGACUACUACUACCCCCGCACGUGGCUGCACAACUAUUGGCCCUCCUACAGGUCCAUGCGGUACUUCCUGAGCGACAUUCCCACCGAGAAGGGACUCACCGACGUCAGAAUGAGGAACCAACUUUACUGGUCCGACAGCAAAAUAUAGAUAUGGCGAUGUCCGAUGAACCGAUCCGCAAAUUACUCAAUUUUUGUAAAGCAUCCAAAUCAAAGUUAAUAAACGAUUGGUUAAUG